AUGGUCUGCUCAUUAAUGCCUAGCUCAUCUCUUGGUGGCCAUGUCAUGAGAGAGAGGAAGAGUUUCUCAUUUGUCCACGCUGUUCCUGAGAUUCUUCAAGAUUCUGGACGUUUUAAUUUUACUUGGGGAACCGGUUGUCGUGCAUUCGGAGCACGUCUCCCACCCACGGAGGGCGCGGAACUUUGUGAUACUCCCGGCAGGGCUGAUGAUCUUCAGCUCGCCGAACAUUCUUUGUAUCUUCCAAGAUGUUUAUAUCGUUUCUUCCCAAUUUAUUAUGUGAUCAAUGCGAAGGUUAUUGCGACUAUAUAUAUAUCUCUAUUCAUAUCUAUCCAUCUAUCUCAAUCUAUUCGUAUCUAUCUAUUCCUUUCAGGCUUUUCAUAUCUAUCUAUCUAUCUAUCUAUCUAUCUGGAUCUUCUUUCUUUUGAUUAUUUCAGGGAUCUUCUUUCUUUUUAUUUCCGGGAUAUCGUUUCUUUUUUAUUUCCGGAGUCGCCUUUCUGUUUAAUUUCAGGGAUCUUCUUUCUUUUUUUUAUUUCAGGGAUCUUCUUUCUUUUUUUAUUUCAGGGGAAUCUCCUUUUUUUUAUUUCAUGGAUCUCCUUUCUUUUUUAUUUCGAACAUAUUUUUUUUAUUUCAGGGAUCUUCUUUCUUUUGAUUAUUUCAGGGAUCUUCUUUCUUUUUUUAUUUCCGGGAUCUCGUUUCAUUUUUUAUUUCAGGAAUCUCCUUUUUUUUAUUUCAUGGAUCUCCUUUCUUUUUUAUUUCGAACAUAUUUUUUUUAUUUCAGGGAUCUUCUUUCUUUUGAUUAUUUCAGGGAUCUUCUUUCUUUUUUUAUUUCCGGGAUCUCGUUUCUUUUUUAUUUCAGGAAUCGCCUUUCUUUUUUGUUUCGGGGAUAUCGUUUCUUUUUUAUUUCAGGGAUCGUGUUUUUUUUUUAUUUCAUGGAUUUCGUUUCUUUUUUAUUUCAGGGAUCUUCCUUCGUUUUUUAUUUCAGGGAUCUUCUUUCUUUUUUAUUUCAUGGAUCUCGUCUCUUUUUUUUUCAGGGAUCUCGUUUCUUUUUUUAUUUCAGCGAUCACGUUUCUUUUUUAUUUCAGGGAUCUUCUUUCAUUUUUUAUUUCAGGGAUCUUCUUUCUUUUUUAUUUCAGGGAUCUCGUUUCUUUUUCUUAUUUUAGGGACCUUGUUUCGUUUUUUAUUUUCAGGAUCACGUUUCUUUUUCUUUUUUUAGGGAUCUCGUUUCAUUUUUUAUUUCAGGAAUCUCCUUUUUUUUAUUUCAUGGAUCUCCUUUCUUUUUUAUUUCGAACAUAUUUUUUUAUUUCAGGGAUCUUCUUUCUUUUGAUUAUUUUCUUCUUUCUUUUUUUUACUCCGGAUCUCGUUUCAUUUUUUUUUCAGGAAUCUCCUUUUUUUAUUUCAUGGAUCUCCUUUUUUUAUUUCGAAACAUAUUUUUUUAUUUCAGGGAUCUUCUUUCUUUUGAUUAUUUCAGGGAUCUUCUUUCUUUUUUUAUUUCCGGGAUCUCGUUUCUUUUUUUUAUUUCAGGAAUCGCCUUUCUUUUUUUGUUUCAGGGGAUAUCGAUCUCGUUUCUUUUUUAUUUCAGCGAUCUCGUUUCUUUUUUAUUUCAGGGAUCUUCUUUCAUUUUUUAUUUCAGGGAUCUUCUUUCUUUUUUAUUUCAGGGAUCUCGUUUCUUUUUCUUAUUUUAGGGACCUUGUUUCGUUUUUUAUUUUCAGGAUCACUUUUCUUUUUUUUUUUUAUUCUCGUUUUCAUUUUUAUUUCAGGGAUCUUUUUUUAUUAUUUCAGGAAUCUCGUUUCUUUUUUAUUUCAGCGAUCUCGUUUCUUUUUUAUUUCAUGGAUUUCGUUUCUUUUUUAUUUCAGGGAUCUUCCUUCUUUUUUAUUUCAGGGAUCUUCUUUCUUUUAGAUUUCCGAGAUCUCGUUUCUUUUUUUAUUUCAGGAAUCUCGUUUCUUUUUUAUUUCACGGAUCUUCUUUCUUUUGAUUAUUUCAGGGAUCUUCUUUCUUUUUUAUUUCCGGGAUCUCGUUUCUUUUUUUAUUUCAUACAUCUCGUUUCUUUUUUUUAUUUUAGCGACCUUGAAUCUCGUUUCUUUUUUAUUUCAUGGAUCUCGUUACUUUUUUAUUUCACGGAUCUUCUUUCUUUUGAUUAUUUCAGGGAUCUUCUUUCUUUUUUAUUUCCGGGAUCUCGUUUCUUUUUUAUUUCCGUAGUCGCCUUUCUCUUUUAUUUCAGGGAUCUUCGUUUCUUUUUUUAUUUCAGGAAUCGACUUUCUUUUUUUUAUUUCAAUGAUCUCGUUUUCUUUUUUCUUUCAGGGAUAUCGUUUUUUUUUAUUUCUUCGUACGUUUUUCUUACUUUUUGUUUUUCAUGUUUUCUUUCAUUUACGAGGGAAAGUCAAAAGUUAUUCGUCCAUCUUGUCUAA